AGGUUUCUUCCAUGAACAGUCGCGUCCUGACCGCGAUACUUAUGUUUCCAUUUAUUGGGAAAAUAUUUUACCAGGUGAGUCUUAACAACCUCGUAUUCAGGCUCUCUCCUAGACGUAGGAGCAUAUUUGCACACUCGCUGUACAGCCUGUCUGCGCUAAUUUCCGCCAAGAUUCUAGCUUAAAACUAGGCGUAGUGCUUGAAUUUACGGAGUCCACUAAAUUACGUCCACUGCUUAAGCUUUUAAGUAUUUAUAAAUGUAUUUUAAUUUCCCCAAUUGUUGUAGGACAAGAGAACAAUUUUGUUCGUUAUCCCAAACAAACUAUCACAACGCUUGGUCUUCAGUACGACUACGAAAGUGUCUUACAUUAUGGAAACACAUUUUUCUCAAAGAAUGGGCGGCCGACAAUACUUGCGACGACGAUGCCUUUGAUCACGCUGGGUCAGCGGAAUGGUAUGAGCAAGUUGGAUUACGCUAAAAUUAACGUGCUGUAUGAUUGCAAAUGUAAGAUAUAUACAUAUAUUAAACUAACUUUAUUUCUAUCAGUUCUAAACUGUUCUCCCUAGAGCUCGAGUAAGGAUCAUCUCUUAUUGAUCUAGUGUUACUACAGGAGGAAAUCAAUUUUUAUACCGGAUAGCUCUAUCAGUUCUAAACUGUUCUUGCUAGAGGUCCAGUAAGAAUCAUCUCUUGUUGAUCCAGUGUUACUACAGGAGGAAACCUAAACUAACUUUAAUAAGUUCUUUGUAUGUUUGCAUGGUGAUAAAAUAUAAUAGGUUUUGUUUGUGGAAACACCACGUAAAUUUAUUACUGCAAAGCUUUCGAUCCGUAAGCCCGGAUCUUCAUCAGUGCAAAUUAGCACUGAUGAAGAUCCGGGCUUACGGAUCGAAAGCUUUGCAGUAAUAAAUUUACGUGGUGUUUCCACAAACAAAACCUAUUAAACUAACUUUAUUUAUUUAUACCGGAUAGCCCUACCAGUUCUAAACUGUUCUUCCUAGAGGUCCAGUAAGGAUAAUUUCUUAUUGAUCCAGUGUUACUACACGAGGAAACCUAAACUAAACCAGCUUUUUCUAAACUGUGACCCGUCACCCGAGAAUUAAUAAAAUUUAAUUAUUUUUAUGUUUAGUUCAUCAACCAGACUCCUGGAGUCAAUGGUCUCCAUUUUCUCCAUGUGACGAACUUUGUCGCAAGCAACGUCAGCGGUUUUGUUACUCAGAGCAUCCUGGACGCUGCGAUGAUGCAUCUUCCAGUGGACUGCAGACUCAUGUUGUUCAAUGCUCGUUUGAAGAGUGUUAUGGUAGGAUAACAUUUGUGAUCGAGAUUUUAGGCAUAUCUCUGUCGCUCUGCGUAUUAGCUCCUGUAUCUUUCUACAGCAAUAAGGAGGGUCAGAUUUUGUCUUCCGCUAUCGUUGCUAUUGGCCAAUCAAAUGCAUUUAUUCUACCGGAUUAACCAAUCAAAUGCGUAUUAAGUCUGCGAGAGAUAGUGGUACUGGAAGUCAAAUCAGAACCUCUCUAGUACGAAACGAAUAAGAGAUUAUCCUUACUGAAAAACAGUUUAGAACUGAUAGAGCUAUCCAGUGUAAAUAAAGUUAGUUUAGUUUAUGUUUCCUCCUGUAGUAACAGUAGGUCAAUAAGAGAUGAUCCUUACUGGACCUGUAGGAAGGACAGUUUAGAACUGAUAGAACUAUCCAGUAUAAAUAAAGUUAGUUUAGUUUAGGUUUCCUCCUGUAGUAAGAGUAGGUCAAUAAGAGAUGAUCCUUACUGGACCUAUAGGAAGGCAGUUUAGAACUGAUAGAACUAUCCAGUAUAAAUAAAGUUAGUUUAGUUUAGGUUUCCUCCUGUAGUAACAGUAGGUCAAUAAGAGAUGAUCCUUACUGGACCUAUAGGAAGGACAGUUUAGAACUGAUAGAACUAUCCAGAAUAAAUAAAGUUAGUUUAGUUUAGGUUUCCUCCUGUAGUAACAAUAAGAAAUGAUCUUUACUGGACCUCUAGGAAGAACAGUAUGCAUGUAUGGCUAAAUUAUCGUAGUUAAUUUUGUUCAAAUAUUUCAGCUCCUGUAGAUGGUCACUGGAGUCGGUGGUCGCGCUUUACUGCAUGUUCAUCGUCAUGUGGUAUCGGAUUUCAUCGUCGUGUCCGACUAUGUAACGAUCCUCAUCCGGCGUAUGGCGGAAACGAUUGUAUCGGCAAAAGUUGGGAGUUGAGGAAUUGUAGGCUGAGACUAUGUAACCUAGGUAAUCUUAUCAACGGUUAACUGUUCUCUGUAGAAGUCUAACAAAGGCUGCUGGCCCAGCGUUACUACUGGAUGAAACGUAAACUAACUUUAUUUAGUGAUAGCUCUAUCAGUUCUAAACUGUUCCUCCUAGAGGUCCAGUAAGGAUUAUCUCUUAUUGAUCCAGUGUUACUACAGGAGGAAACCUAAACUAAACUAACUUUAUUUAUACUGGAUAGCUCUAUCAGUUCUAAACUAUUCUUCCUAGAGGUCCAGUAAAGAUCAUGUCUUAUUGAUCCAGUGUUACUACAGGAGGAAACCUAAACUAAACUAACUUUAUUUAUACUGGAUAGCUCUAUCAGUUCUAAACUAUUCUUCCUAGAGGUCCAGUAAAGAUCAUCUCUUAUUGAUCCAGUGUUACUACAGGAGGAAACCUAAACUAAACUAACUUUAUUUAUACUGAAUAGCUCUAUCAGUUCUAAACUGUUCUCCCUAGAGGUCCAGUAAGAGUCAUUCUUGAUACUAUGACACUACAUGAGGGUACCGAAGCACCAGCAGAAAGCCAGCUUUUAACACUCUAUUCUGAGAUCCCACCCAUUUGACCCUAGCCUCCUGCGCAGACGUUGUUAGUGGCCGAGGCCUCACCUAACGUCUGCUCACAUUCGCUAUACAUUUGACUUCCCGGCAAUCAACCAAUCACAGUCAUCUGCACGAUAAUUAGAAGAUCGACCUUCAAUGACCUUCACACGCAAGGGCCAUUUUAUAUCAACAAGUCCGUAAUAUUUUUAAAUUUGAAAGUUUUAAUACUGCGCGUGUCAGAAGCUUAAAAAGCUGGUAAACGAAAAGAAGGAUGCUUUCGUCAAUCUCGCAACUGGCGCAGGAAUUACAUAUUUAUCAGGCAGUUACCUAAGCUAUUCGAUGUAAUAUUUGGAUUUAAAUAUUUAAACAAAUUGUAAACAUUUAGUUUUAAAUCGUGGUUUCCCCAUUGAUAAAUUCAACGCGAAAUCAAGGGAAAAAAACUACACAAUCUAGGAGUGAGUGCUCACUGUGUCAUUAUUAAGUGGAAUAUAUCGAAAGCGAUGAAGAACGCGAAGGCAUUGGAAUGGAAGAAGGGAAAUAUUCUGUAUCAUAUUUGGCACAGGUAGAGUCACUGUUGAACGCUGGAGAUUGGUGGCUAUAUUGAUGUAUUAUAAUAAAUUCUAAAAAUGUGUUCGCUUUUGUAAUUCUCAAAGCCACAGGAAUCGAUCGGGCAUUUUAGUAGUCGUUAAUAUUUUAUAGUGUUUAUUAAAUUGAAGUUGUCUUUUUAUACAUUGCCUCUUAUUACUAUUGCAUGUAGUACUAUAGCAUGCAAGUUCAUAUGACAUAUGAGACUUUCAAUUAUGAAGGAUUUGCAUCAGAGGGUUGGGGUAUGCAUACUAACUAGAAUGGCUCAUAUAAACUUGCUAGUAUACCACAUCCAAUAGAUGUUAGUAGGCAUAUAAAUACGAGCGCAACGUAUACAAAGAAAAAUUCAAGACAAUAUAAAAUAACGACUAUUAAAAUGAUCAAAGCCGAUCGAUUCCUGUGCUUUGAAAAUUUAAUACAAAUGCGAACACAUGUAUGUUUAGGAUUUAUUAUAAUACAUACUGACAUGAGCUUCAUGCAUCAAUAGCCAAAACACAAACGAUUCUGCUAUACAUGCACUUUGUCUUCAACAAUGACUCUGACUCUGCCUGGGGUGCCAUAUACAGAAUAUUUCCCUUCUUCCAAUGCCUUCGCUUAUUCAUCGCUCUCAGUUCAACUUAUAAUAAUGACACAGCACUGACUCCAGUUGUGAAAUUGAUGAAAACAUCUUUCUUUUCGUUUACAAUGGAAUGAAAAGCUUCUUCUGAUACGCGCAGUAUUAAAACUUUCAAAUUUAAAAAUACUGCAGACUUGUUGAUAUAAAAUGGCCCAUGCGUGUGAAGGUCAUUGAAGGUCGAUCUUCUAAUUAUCGUGCAGAUGACUGUGAUUGGUUAAUUGCCGGGAAGUCAAAUGUAUAGCGAAUGUGAGCAGACGUUAGGUGAGGCCUCGGCCACUAACAACGUCUGCGCAGGAGGCUAAUUUGACCCACACCCCCCUUCUUCCGGGUUAGCACUUUUUUCAAUCCAGCAAACCUUUGUAAAGUCGUUUCUUUUUGGAUUUUUUUUUAUUUGGUUAGGGUUGAGGUUAGGGUUAGGGGUUAGAGUAGGGGUAGGGUUUGGGUUAGUUACAUAGCCAUUUAACACCUCUUCUAUCUUGCGAAAAUGACGUCAGGUCAGUUUGCUGGAUGGAAAAUAGUGCUAACCCUUGUUCCCAGGCUAUUCCCUCGAAUAUUGUAAUAGGAUACCAAUGGAUAUCUCAGGAUACUGCCAUGAUACUGCCGUCCAAGGAAAAUGGCGGCCUUCACCUCGUGGAAUAAAUGCGAAUUUUCAUGGCAGAAUUUCGGACGCUUCUUAAAUAGUUAGGUACAUGAAAGUUUUUACAAAAUUUAAGUACAUUUCUUUGAAUAGUUGUAAAUGGUUUUUUAAACAAAUUUUGUCAACCGGUGUUUGGAAAUAGCGAUAUUAAAUUCGGGGGGAGGUGUAUAAUCAUUGAUUUAUAUAAUCCUACAUAAUUUCUAUGGGCAGGGUAUAAAAAAAUUCAAAUUUCCAUGGAAAAAGGCAUGUUUUCUUUGGGGCUAACAUGCAUUUGCAGGGAGGUAACGGGGAUAAAUAUGAAUUUGCAGUAAAAGAACGAUAUUUCCAUUCCUGGUAUUUAUUAUGUGGUCAAUAUCCUCUUGUAGGGCCACAUAAAAAAAAAUAGUUGGUUAGCGUCCCCGCCCGCCCACAAAAAAGGCCCCGCUCAGGAUUUUUUUUUAUUUUUUAUUUAAAAAAACAUGACUUUUAUUGAUCAACGGGGUUUAAUAUAUGUAGUAUUUCUGUUGACUGUAGUCAAUUGUGUUAAUAAUUUGCGAAAUUGCGUGCGAAAGUGACGGUAUCAAUUAUAUUUUGAAAUAUAUAAAAAAAUAUCUGUACUGCGCAAGAAAAUCCAGUUUCGGACCUAACAGUGAGUAAAACCAAGGCGUUAAAAAUUAGUAAAAAUUAAAAAAAAAAGCGCCCGCCCGCCCACUUUUUGGCAAAAGCUAAGGACGCUAACCAACUAUUUUUUUUUAUAUGGCCUAAUAGAUUGCUCUUAAUAAUUUUAGGUCCUUAUGACUGUGACUUUACAGACAACACAUGUGGAUGGCGACAGUCGUCUUUUGAUGACUUUGAAUGGGCACGAACUUCCGAAGGUACACCUUCCAGAAACACUGGACCUGAUUGGGAUCACACUGGAUUGAUUGAAGGCGUGGAGGAAUCCCAUGGUAACGAAACUUUUUCUGUCUUUGUUAAGGCCGAUAGAAUAUAUAGGGUCGGCACAAAGCUCUAGGAAGAUGUUCUGUGAUUGGUUGAUUAUGACAAUGACAAAAGAAUAAGCUAUAGAAUGGAUUUUCUAAAGAAAGAUCGAGCAUUAGGCGUAAAAAAAAUACCUGUGGUUCUGGUUCCCGACCGACCCUAUUUUUUUCUGCCGACCCUAUUAUUUUUUCAACGCGAUUGACCGUGCGACCCUAUUUUCUCCAGGUGGUUGCGGGCUGCUCAUACAGCGUGCCAAAAUGGCGUCUGUUGUCACACUACAGGGUUCGAAUUAAUUCUGAAAAAAUGGUUCGUGAAUUUAAGGAAAUUUUAAGGAAUUUUCAAGGAAUUUUCUCUAAUUGGAAGUUAAAAAGUGGAAGCACUGCAAUUUUCAAAUAUAUAAAUACGACUAUAAUAUACAUCGCAAACUCGCAAAGAAAUAGAAUUUUGGGUGGAAUUAUAAUCGUUUUUAAGUACAAUCUAACAACAAUAUCUUCAGAAUAUAUGAUCCUUCAUUACAUUUACAAAGAACUGAAUUUAUUAUUGUACAUUUUUAUCAAUUUGAGAAACUUUUGAUUCGUGAUUUUGAUCAAUUUCUAUGAAAUUGGGUUCGUGAAAAAUGAAAAUUGAUUCGUAAUUCACGAAUAACGGUUCGUGAUUCACGAAUCACGAACCGUUAUUUCGAACCCUGCACUAAUUAUUGAACCAAAUUGCCUAAAUUCGUUGAUAGGAAAUAUGCAUCUCUAGUUAAUACUGAUGUUGGGACUCUACUGCAAAUCGCCCAGCAAAAAAAAACCGCCAAAACCAUGAAAAAAAUAUUUUUAAAAAUAUAUAUUUCCGACCUACCGACCCUAAUUUUUUCACCAUAUGAAACCGGAACCACAGGUUGUUUUUUUUUACACCUUAACUCCUUAGCGACAGGACCCUAUUAUCGCAUUGCUUUGAAACAAUGGGCUAUUCCAUUUAAUAUCCGUACCCCCCCUGUCGAGGAUACAUGUUUUUCAUUGUCAUACCCCUGAAGAAUUCCAAACUCAAAACUGUUUACCCCUGAAGAAUUCCAAAAUUCCAAGCUCAAAACUCUUUACCCCUGAAGAAUUCCAAGCUCAAAACCUUUUACCCCUGAAGAAUUCCAAAAUUCCAAGCUCAAAACCCUUUACCCCUGAAGAAUUCCAAGCUCAAAACCUUUUACCCCUGAAGAAUUCCAAGCUCAAAACCCUUCACCCCUAAAGAAUUCCAAGCUCAAAACCCUUUACCCCUGAAGAAUUUCAAGCUCAAAACCUUUUACCCCUGCAGAAUUCCAAGCUCAAAUCCCUUCACCCUGAAGAAUUCCAAGCUCUGAAAAAUUUCAAUCUCGAACCUCUUUACCCCUGAAGAAUUCCAAGCUCAAAACCCUUUACACCUGAAGAAUUCCAAGCUCAAAACCACUUUACCCCUGAAGAAUUCCAAGCUCAAAACACUUUACCCCUGAAGAAUUCCAAGCUCAAAACCCUUUACCCCUGAAGAAUUCCAGGGAUCCUCGACAGGGGGGUACGGAUAUUUAAUGGAAUAGCCCAAUGCGCUUCGACAUUUAAUAUCUUCGGUUUAUUGAAUGCUACGAGGACAAAAAUACCACCAUUCGAUUCAGUGUAACUAGAUCUCCUCAUUUGUAGCAAUAGUUUUAGUCAAUGGCAACAUUAUAGCGAUUUAUGAGCUUUGAAAGUAAAGCGAGAUCAUAUGUGAUCAAAUUACGCAUUUUACCAACAAAUUAUAAAAACAUAAACAUACCUUUCGCCGAAUAUAACUUCGGCCCCUUGAAACGUAUCCUCAUUGUGAUAUUCUUGAUGAAUUAAUCAUUUAAAAUGCCAUGUAUAACGUUAUUUCCAAGCUUCUAUCCUUAAAGGGUGACUUUUAGUGCCGAAUUUUACAUUUCUGCUCCGAAUUUGCGAUAAUCCCAACCGGAAAUACGAUGAAAACUCAUCAAAACAAUGCUACGCUUGUAUCGCGUGACUCUGGAAAUGCCAGAAAUGGAUUCUACAGAUCAAAGUGCACCCAUACGCGUGUGUUUGACGUCAUCCCGGCUAAAGGGAGCUCCUUAUUGGCCAAGUAUUACGUAAUACAAGCGCGUGCGAGUAAAACCCGAUACUUUAAAAAUUCAAAAUAAAUAUUUCUAGUCGGCGUAUACAUACGAAACUUUCUAUACCAAAGCGCUUGAAUACAAAGAGUAUUUUACACAUAUAGCCUUUCAGAAAAUGACGAAAAGUUUAGAAUAUAUUCAACUUUUUCUCUUUUUCUCGUUUGAAUGUUUUGGUGAAGCGGUGAGUAUAAUAUAUGAUUGUUUCGGUUUGUGUAAUGUUUUGACGGCACUUGACCCCCCGUUCGAAAGGUUAUUUUGUGAGGAUUACAAUGGUGGGUUUUGUUUUAAAGGGGGGUAAAUACUCGCCGUGAUAUUUACAUUAGAAAAAUUGAAUCGUAAUGUAAUACGAAACUACUUGUCGAGAAGGAGUUAAGAAGAAUGUUCCUUUUAUUGAUGUAAGCCAAUUAUGUUUUUUGUCAUUGUCAUAAUCAACCAGUCACAGAAUAUCUUCCUAGAGCUUCGUGUUUACUGGGAAUUGAGGUGUCAGUUUACAGUUUACUGUUCACCAUCACCAUAGAUGCCAAGGUCGUGUUUUGCCCACGUGUGAGAUGAACACCGCAGUAACCGUAGGGGUGUCCAGGGGCAUCCCCCCCCCGCCCCCCUCUCGAAAAAAUCUUUGAAAUUUGGGUCUCGGAAACGGCAUUUCAAGCUUUCUGAGAAUAUAUUUGGGAGUUAUUUUUGGUUCUCAAAAACAAGGUUUUAGAGGUACAUUUUGUGUUAAGGCCCAAUGUUUAACAAGUAAUAAUGCACGCGAAAACAUGUGCAACUUAAGUACGUCAAACUUUAAGCAGUAUAAUUGAUAGCUUGUAGCCCGUGUGCAGGCCCAAGGGAAGAAUAGUGGGCCUGCAAGCAAGGUCCGGUAUUUUGUAAAAUGCCCCUUUUCAUAUCACGCCCCUUUUCAUAACACGCCCCAUUCGCGCAUCAAUUGUCAAAAAAGAACCAAUGACAGCAACCCAAAUAUUAACAAACAAACUCGCAUUAAAAUGUUGCGGGGUUUUCUCCGCCAGAACAGAAACAAUGUGUAAAUGGAUGCGUUUUAACUCCAAAAAAAGCUAGCAAUGCAGUCCGUAAUUGCCAAAUUUGCAAGUGCUCAUUCCCAACUAAAAUCGGAACAGGCAAAUUAGGACGAAUUUCAACAGAAAACCAGUCUCAAACUUCAAAUUGUGAGGGAAGUUGUGCAACCACAUUAGCAUUUAAUAAUGCGUGCUUUGCUGUCGCCAUUGUUAUAUUAAAUAAAUUGUCUCAUCAGAUCGUCUGUGCAAUUCUUGUUGACGGCGGAAAGUACAAAAUUUAUUUAAGUUAUUUGAUUUAGUAAAGAACUCUACAAAAGAAGACAGCGUUCAGAGCGUCCAGAUCGUUUCGUUUCAAACGGCAAUUACCGUAUUCUGUUUCGCUCAGCGAAGCCUUGCAAAUCGCAAAGUGUUUCGAAUAGGCUUACAUGCAACUGCCUCUAAAUCUUCACCGCGAAAAGCGCUGUUUUCUUCAGUGCAAGAACAGAGUCAACAUCAACCAAAAUGUAAUUUUCUUGAGGAACAUAUAACAUAUCAAGUCUGUUUGAAAUUAAUGAAACUUAAGUAAAGGUUACUAUAGUUUACCCCAGUCGUAAUGUUGAUUUUCCAACACUCCACGACAAGCAAUCCCCAUUGGCAUAAUGGCAAAAACAUCUCUACCUUCAAGUAAACAAUAAACAGUCUGUUCUUGUUCCAUUUUUAAAUGAAAAAGUGAUCAAUUUUCUGCUUAUGUGUGAGAUAAUCAAACUGAAGCGUGUGAGCGUGAGAAAUGAUGCUGAGGCGUGUGUCACAGGCUUAAUGCAUGAGACUUGGCAUCUAUGCAUCACCCGCCUGCAUGGUUCAUCAGGAGCCAUGUGAAAAUUUUCAUUCUUUGAUUAUUUUUAAUUAUUUGCCUUAAUUUUUUACACAAAGUGCUUUUUAUAAGUUUGUUUUCUGUUCAAAUUUUGCAAGAAUAUGUUCUGUAUUUAGAAUUUCGAAACAUAGCCUACAACGGGCCAUUCCAAUUAAUAUCCACACACCCCUGUUGACGAGAAUUCUGAAUUUCUGUGGGGUGCCAAGUUGAAAUUUCCGAGGGGGAUUGUAAAAGGACAAUUUCUGAAGGGGUCAAAAUUGUUUUUUAAUUUUCCAAGGGGUCAAAAAUAUUUUUUUUUAAUUUCCGAGUGGGGGUGGAGGAAGGUACUACCUGUUGACGAAAAUUUCCGAGGGGUGAUCGAUAAAUUUCCGAUGGGGUGGUCAAUAAAUUUCCGAGGGGGUGGUCAAUAAAUUUCCGAGGGGGUGGUCAAUAAAUUUCCGAGGGGGUCUAUCAUAAUGGAACCAAGUCAACAGGUAUUUGAGUUUUUCGAGGGGCUUGAGAAAAUUGGAAAUUUCCGUGGGGUUUCUACAAAAAAUAGAGAAUUUCCAAAGGGGGUCUCCCGAAAAACCAUUUCUGAAGGGGUCUAAAAUCAGUAACCUAGUCAACAGGGGUGUGUGGAUUUUAAAUGGAAUGGCCCAACACCAACAGACUAUAGCGUUUGCCAUUUGAUGCACAAGAAUCGUCAAAAAUAUCCGAAUUUUUGUUCUGCCGCCCUUGUUAGGCUGACUACUUCACGCUGCCCCACAUGAGGACUAAGGGUCUGUUCAUAUGGGCAAAAGUUACCCCGGUUAGCGAGAAAACUUUUCGGCAAGUUUACAAGCGAGAUCUCUCCUUGGGAUGAAAACAAUAUGAAAAGUUACACUGUGUUCUUAUGAGACAAAAAGUUUUCCUGUGUACUGAGAUCUCACUUGUUGACAUGCGAGAUCUCAGUGACCGGGAUAAUGAAAACUAUGAAAUCUCACCAUUUACUAUUGAUAUGCCAUGAUAUCAGAGCUGCCAAGUGCCACACAUUUGGCCUGAACGUCACGCUUUUAAAUUUUGGUUCUCUAGACAGUACAGCAAGCACUUCAGCACAUAUUUUAGCCCAAUUUCACCUAUGAGUAUGGACAAUAGUGGGGAAGCCUUGUCAAAUCUUACAUAUUGUUAUUAGCAAUACCGUAAGGGCGGAUUUUCAGUCCUUGCACGAAGCAGCUUGCAGCUAAUUAAAAUUAACUGUUUAGCAUUGUGAUUGGAUGAAAGUGCUCAUGCAUGCUCUCGCUGCGAGCCGAGAGGACCUUCGUGCAAGAACUGGAAAUCUGCCUUUAGAGAAGCGAAGCUGUGAGAUAUGUCAUGCAUUCUUAUCUUACGAACUCGGCAGGUCUGCACUAAUGCAAGUCAAUUUUGCAAGUGCCACACGUGUGUAGGAGAUUGAUUUGUUGUUGGUGACAAUUAUCUGACAAACAACACCAAUGGGCAAGCCUGGAGUUGCCAUGCUCAAACCAAUUAUUUCUUUUCCAUUCAGGCCAUUUUAUGUACAUUGAGGCCUCCGGCAAACCAGCUGGCUACCAUGCAAAGCUAGAGAGUCCUGUAUUUCAAGAUUUGGAUGGACGUGACAGUAUUUCAAAUUGUUUAUCAUUCUAUUAUAAUAUGUAUGGAUUGGGCAUGGGACAACUAAACAUCUAUCUUGUUUUUAUUGAUGGUCGCCAUGAGCUGCUUUGGAAGACGUCUGGAAAUCAUGGUAAAGCAUGGCAUCAUGGGACAUUUACUUUCACAUCCUUUUCGACCUAUAAGGUGAGAUGCUAAGAAUGAUUAAUUAGUAAAAAAUUGCAGAAUUUUGGUCAGAUGCAAAGGGCGACCGCAGGUACCUUAGGCCUAGCAAACGGGGGAUAAAAGGAAAUUUUUCAAAAAUUCAAAAACCACCUCGAACUAGUCCAAACUUUCUGAAAAUUAUCGAAAACCUUUCCUGUUGAUAAAAACAUGAUUUAAAAUAUUUUGGUCAGAUGCAUAGGGGGGACCACAGGGUACCUCAGGCCUAGCAAAGGGGGGACCAAAGAAAAUUUCUCAAAAACAUUGAAAACCUGCCUCAAACUAGUCCAACAAGCUUUCUGAAAAUUGUCAAAAACCUUUCCUAUCAUCAAAACAAUUACUUUCGAUUGAUAAAAACACAAUUUAAAAAAUUUUGGUCACAUGCAUAGGGGGGACCACAGGGUACCUUAGCCCUAGCAAAGGGGGGGACCAAAGGAAAUUUCUCAAAAAUUCAAAAACAUUGAAAACCUGCCUCAAACUAGUCCCAACUUUCUGAAAAUUGUCGAAAACCUUUCCUGUGAUCAAAACAAUUACUUUCGAUCGAUAAAAAUGUGAUUUAAAAAAUUUCGGUCACAUCCAUAGGGGGGACCACAGAGUACCUUAGGCCUAGUAAAGGGGGGACCAAAGGAAAUUUCUCAAAAAUUCAAAAACAUUGGAAAAAACUGCUUCAAACUAGUCCAAACUUUCUGAAAAUUGUUGAAAACCUUUCCUAUCAUCAAAACAAUUACUUUCGAUGGAUAAAAGCCUGAUUUAAAGAUAAAAAAAAUUACUUUCGAUUUUCAGAUCGUAUUUGAAGCUGUUCGUGGCGAUGGUUACACCAGUGAUGUGGCAAUCGACGACGUAAGUGUGGUGAGGAAUGGAUGUGCUGAGCUAUCCAAAAAAAGUAAGGAAGCAACAUCAGCUAACACCGCUUAAACACGUCUGUGCAUGCGUCGACAUUUCUGAAAUCAACUUUGCGAACAUGGUAUGAAGUAUUCUGAAGGUUGUCAAAAACUCAAAAUGGAAGCGAUAUGCAGCAAUUUCGAUGUUUUGCCUUUUCUCUGAGAAUGGAACCUAAUCUUUGUAACAACGUAAAAACUUGAAGUACUUACAGUCUACAUGCACAAGAAAUAUUUUUACCGAAGAAAAUAAACGAAAGGUGACUGUCGAUAAAUAUUUCACAUAAAACGUUCUUUAACUGAACCAUACAAAUCCUAGGUUCUUUCUAGGUUCAUAUGUAUGACCACAUUCUCCUCGAUAACUAAAAUGUUCGCGUUAACUAUAUUUAAGGGUAAUGAUUUACUCUGCAAUUGAAUCUAUUUUAUAGUUUUCUUAUUAACUUUUGUGUACUUUGGUAUUUUUAAGUAAAGUAAUGCUAUACCCUUUACUUUUCGUCCAUUUUUAGCGACUCUUUCCAUUUUUCAUAAAUGACCAAAAAAACAGCAAAAAAAUAAGGCCAUAGCCUUAACUUUUCGUCCAUUUUUAGCAACUUCUUGCAUUUUUCAUAAAUGACCAAAAAACAGCAAAAAAGUAAGGCUAUAACCUUUACUUUUCGUCCAUUUUUAGCAAUUUUUUGCAUUUUUCAUAAAUUACCAAAAAACAGCAAAAAAGUAAGAUCUUGUCUAAAAGUACACACGAGUGACCACGAAUGACCACGAGUGACCACGAGUGACCACGAGUGACCACGAGUGAUUUCUGUGUUUAAAAGUCCUAAAAUAAUAAUAAAAAACUAUUUUAAGGUGGCUCCAUAGGAUUUUUGCAUUAUACUACACUUUUGUAUCCAGAAAACGCCUGUUUCUUCACUUUACAUGACACGAAGACGAAAUUUAUUGGACACAUUGACAAUGCUCUCCUGAACAUUGCAAUGCGCUACUUUUGCGCAGAAAGUCUGUUACCAUGGCAACAGUGUGCUUUGGAUAAGGCUCAAAAUUUGUCUUUUUUUGGCCAUUUUAAAAAUCCUUUCUGGAAAUUUUUUUUAGUUUUUCGACUAUUGUACACGUCAGUCUACAGGAACAUAGCAAAGCAUCUGAAGUUGGGGGGGGGUUGUCAGAGGAUUUUACCUGUAAUUUGAAUUUUUAAUUAAUAAAUAUUUACCUAAAGUGUAAUAAUUAUAAUAAAGCUUCUUGUGAUAAUGACUUGCACCGUCGUACUAAGUUUCGGGAGAAAACGGGGGUUUGGGGUACUCCCCCCAAAAUUGUUCCAUUUUUGAAGCUCUAGGACUGCAAUUCUAGGACUGCAAUUCUUACAAAAAUGGUUAUCAUUUCACACAAAUAAUUACUUUAUUACGCAAAUUUUACCUGAAAAUAUCAAAAUUUGUGUGUGUGGGGGGGUGGGGGGGUUUGGUUAGACGUCACAUCUCGCAAAAAAUGCCAAAAUUAAACCUUAAUUUCACCCUUUUCCUUCGGUAAAUUGUUUUAAAACUUUGCACAUUUCUUAAUAUCGGCUAAACAAGCUCAAUAUCCUUUUUUCUUAAAAUUUUAUUGAAGGAAAUAAUCUAAGAAACGUUCCAUAAAAUGUUUUAAAAUUGAAGAAAAAAAUCAUUAUACGACGACUGAUCUUUUGUGCAAAUUUUAAAAUUUUUAAAACGGCCGGAAAAAGACAAAAUUUGAGCUUAAUUAUCCAAAGCACGCUGUCACCAUGGUAACGAACUUUCUGCGCAAACGUAGUACAUUGCAAUAUUCAGGAGAGCAUUGUCAAUGUGUCCAAUAAAUUUCGUCUUCGUGUGAUGUAAAGUGAAGAAACAGGCGUUUUCUGGAUAUACAAAAGUGUAGUAUAAUGCAAAAACCCUAUGGAGCCACCUUAAAAUGCUUUUUUAUUAUUAUUUUAUGACUUUUAAACACAUAAAUCACUCGUGGUCAUUCGUGGUCACUCGUGGUCAUCCGUGGUCACUCGUGGUCACUCGUGGUCAUCCGUGGUCACUCGUGGUCACUCGUGUGUACUUUUAGACAAGACCAAAAAGUAAGGCUAUAGCCUUUACUUUUCGUCUAUUUUUAGCAACUUUUUGCAUUUUUCAUAAAUGACCAAAAAACAGCAAAAAAGUAAGGCUAUACCCUUUACUUUUCGUCCAUUUUUAGCAACUUUUUCCAUUUUUCAUAAAUGACCAAAAAACAGCAAAAAAGUAAGGCUAUACCCUUUACUUUUCGUCCAUUUUUAGCGACUUUUUCCAUUUUUCAUAAAUGACCAAAAAACAGCAAAAAAGUAAGGCUAUAGCCUUUACUUUUCGUCCAUUUUUAGUAACUUUUUCCAUUUUUCAUAAAUGACCAAAAAACAGCAAAAAAGUAAGGCGAUACCCUUUUCUUUUCGUCCAUUUUUAGCAACUUUAUGCAUUUUUCAUGACCAAAAAACAGCAAAAAAGUAAGGCUACAGCCUUUACUUUUCGUCCAUUUUUAGCAACUUUUUGCAUUUUUCAUAAAUGACAAAAAAACAGCAAAAAAGUAAGGCUAUUGCUUUAACUUUUCGUCCAUUUUUAGCCACUUUUUCCAUUUUUCAUAAGUGGGAAAAAACAGCAAAAAAUUAAGGCUAUACGCUUUACUUUUCGUCCAUUUUUAGCGACUUUUUCCAUUUUUCUUAAGUGGGAAAAAACAGCAAAAAAUUAAGGCUAUAUAUAGCCUUAACUUUUCGUCCAUUUUUGGCGACCUUUCUCAUUUUUCAUAAGUGGGAAAAAAACAGCAAAAAGAUUAGAUGCUGUUCUUGUUUGCCUGCGAACAGGUUGUAGAUAUAUAGAUACUUGUACCCAAGCCAUUGCUUGUUUUGUUGUUCUGGGUACAAUGAAAUCCGGCGUAAAUCCUGGGGGUCUAAAUGUUCAGUAUAUUUAGACAUUCGAUCUAUUUUCUGUUCAGUAGACUUUGAUAGCUUGAACGAAAGUUUAUAACAAUGAUUUUCUUUGCAAAAACUGUACUUUCGAAAUUCGUCAGUUUCUGAAUUUGAAAACUGAUCACACGCACUACAAGUGCAGCAAGGCAACAGUUUAGACAUGGUCAUGAGGCAGGAUGUGUGCAAGAAAAGCUUUACCAGAGUUUUGCCUUUCGAAAUAAACGAUUGGAAAUUGCUGUUUGAUUCUUUGUAAUAUCUUAUCGCUUGUUAGUAAAAAAGAAAUUUUUUCAAAAAAAACUGGCAUCGUUUUUCUUGGGGUUAGGGGGUACAAAUGGUACCCAUAGCUUAGAGGGUGCAAAUGGUACCCGUAAGAAGACUUGGUGGAAUCAUGACCAUGGUGGCAAAGUUUUUUCAAACAUUUUCUCUCCCGUAGUAAGGUAAAGCAUGUAUUUUCCUGGUAGCCGGUCUUACUUCAUGAAAAAACAGUCCGCUACCAGUGACUAGGUCCCCUCUCUUAUGUGUUCAAUGGAACACAAAGGUAUUCAGGCAUGUAGAGCUAGGUAUUCCUUUUCAGGGCGGUUGCAUGCGGAUAAGAUGGUCCGUCGCGUGCGCAAAAUAGUUAGGGAGAUAGACAGUUUAGAAGCGCAAUGAACACUCGCACGAAACGUAAAAAUAAAAUGGCUUAACAAAAUUGCGAAAAAACAAAAAGUGACAACUGCCAUUUUGAGCGUGCGCAAUAGGGCGGUGGCAUGCACAAAGUUUUCUCACAGGAUGUCCUGGUUUUAACAUAAAUAAUAAAAAGAAGUGUCCGUGGUCGGGGCUGAAUAGUACUGUGGAAGAUUGGGUUGGGAAAUUUACAAUUAAGAUCUGUAUUCUUGGACAAUUAUUACUCAUUGAAAAAUAGUAUCCUACUGAUGUAAAAUAACAUCUAAAGGGUUUGGCAACAAUGAUGUCCAAAGAGAAUGUUAGCCCCAAAGUUUAUUUCAUAAAAUGAUUUAUCUUUGAAAAUACUGAAUUACAAGACAGUUUAAAAAAAUUUCGAGUAAAAGUUUAAUAAUAAUUUAAUUGAUAAGGCCAUUUCCACUCAAGAAAAUUUGGGGCUAAUAUUAGGCUUAAUGCAUAUGUCGUUCUUUGUCUUUGAUUUAAAGGAAAAAUACCAAACUCUCUUAACGUCUUUGUUGCCAGCAGUUGUGUAACUUUCAUGAAAAAAUCAAAGUCUUGAGGUUUUGUUUUACUUAUAUAACUAACAUGUUUUUUUUUAUUUUCAACAAAGUAAUAAUGGUCUAGAAAUACAGAUUUAUAUUGCACAUGUUAGUAAGUUUCUUCUGUAACUGCACAAUUAUUGCAAAAUUGUGCGCUUAUCACACUAUUAAAAUUAGUAAGGUCUGGGAACAUUGGCACAACUGCUUGUUCCCAUGCAUAAAUUAUUAACUAAUUUUUGGGAUUGGAUUUAUUCAAAUUUGAGAUGAUUUUGAACACAUAUUGGUACCAAUGUUACUCAUUCUAUGAGUAAAAUAUUGGUCGUUUAUACAUUGUUCUAGUUUUUAUAGCUUUUAUUGUUUUAACAGUCGAAAUAUAUGUUGAUUUUGUUGAAUUAUUUGUUAAUUAUUCGUUCAUUUUAUGCAUGAUGAAACCCGAAAUUUAUAGUUUGAUGGUAACAACAAAUUUGAGCAUAUAAAAAUGUUAAAAUUGUACACCAAAACACUAGCUGCAAUAUUUGAACUCGCUACAACACAACUAGUUUUAAAUACGUUUGAAUUGAAUUUCAUACAUGCAGUAUUUCAAAUGUUGUGAUUAUCUGUUUCAAAACUUUUGAAAUCAUGCAUACAGCUAUUUCAGUAUUAAGGUUGUCCACGAGCAAAGCGGAAAAGACGAAUACGAGCGCGCAAGGCUGCUGCGCGGGAAUCGCUAACAACUGAGUCGUCAGUCAGGAACCUUGUCAGCCUUUCGCGCUCGUAUUCGACUUUUCCGCUUUGCUCGUGGACAACCUUAAUAUUGAAAUAGCUGUAUGCAUGAUUUCAAAAGUUUUGAAACAGAUAAUCAAUCACAACAUUUGAAAUACUGCAUGUAUGAAAUUCAAUUCAAACGUAUUUAAAACUAGUUGUGUUCUAGUGAGUUCAAAUAUUACAGCUAGUGUUUUGGUGUACAAUUUUAACUUUUUUAUAUGCUCAAAUUUGUUGUGAUCAUCAAACUAUAAAUUUCGGGUUUCAUCAUGCAUAAAAUGAACGAAAAUUAACAAAUAAUUCAACAAAAUCAACAUAUAUUUCGACUGUUAAAACAAUAAAAGCUAUAAAAACUAGAACCAUUAAUGUAUAAACGAACAAUAUUUCACUCAUAGAAUGAGUAACAUUGGUACCAAUAUGUGUUCAAAAUCAUCUCAAAUUUGAAUAAAUCCAAUCCCAAAAAUUAGUUAAAAAUUUAUGCAUAGGAACAAGCAGUUGUGUGUGUGCCAAUGUUCACAGACAAUUCACAGUACUAUUUGGUUUGUGGGUUCAAAUCCCAACGCACUUAAUUUUUUAUUUAUAUAAAAAAAUGGAUGCGAUGGAUCCAAAGGAUGCGAUGGAUAAAUAGAUCUUUUUUUAAAAGAAUCCAAUGGAUGCGAUGGAUCCAAAGGAUGCGAUGGAUCCAAUGGAUGUGAUGGAUCCAAUGGAUGCGAUGGAUAAAUAGAUCCUUUUUUUAAAAGGAUCCAAUGGAUGCGAUGGAUCCAAAGGAUCCGAUGGAUCCAAAGGAUGUGAUGGAUCCAAUGGAUGCGAUGGAUCCAAAGGAUGCGAUGGAUAAAUAG